ACUACAGUAUCCUGGCACCUGUUUCCAUGCCUUUCGGGUGUGAUCAAAUGAGAACGGUGGAACGCAAAUAGAACGCGGAAGUGGGUGUGGAAGGAACUGCAGCUGUAUGUUAUGGAGGAGAGCAGCGACCAAAAAAGACCCUGGUGGAAGACGGCUUUGUCUUGGUUUCCGCGAAUUCAGCUCCCCACUGGCUCAGCUCUUACCACUUUGCUGUGUCUAGCCGUUUCAGGCCCCGCCCUUGUAAGGGUGACCAAGGGCGAUGAGGCGGGUGACAGAUACGAUUUAGAGGCCGGGGUGCUGGAAAGCAUCACAGUCUACAGGUUGAUCACGUACGUUUACUACCACGAUGAUAUGAGAGCCUUGGCAUGCAGCUGCCUGAGCAUUUGGUUUUUUGGGGGCGGCUUUGAAGAGAAUGUUGGGACUGUAAAAUUUUGCUUCCUCACGCCUCUGUUUGCAGUAUGUAUCGGGCUGAUUUACCUUGCUGUUGUAGCCACGGGCCUGAGCCUGCCGGUGGGAGAUGGGAGAGUCCAGGGCUUCACAGCUGUGGCCUUUUGUAUGAUGAGUGCCUUCAGCACCCGAACCAGAAUCAGACGCCUUCCAUUCUUUGGGUUCAUGGUACCGGUCAGGGUGUUGCCAUUUUUGUUCUUAUUCCCUGCCCUGUUCAUUCCCCACGCACCUGUGUUCAGCAACAUGUGCGGCAUCCUGAUUGGCGUGCUGUAUGGUCUUGGAGGCUGCUUUUGUCUAGAUCUCCCAGAAUCCGUCCUGUCUCGCUUGGAACAGAUGCUACCAUUCAGACUAUUGAAACGCAUCCCAGUUUUUAAAUACAUCCCUGCAUCUACAGCUGAACGCAAUUCUUCCCAAACCAGGAAGAUAAAUCCACCCCCGGGAUCAUACCCUGUGCAGCAGUAUUACACUCCUCCCCAUGACCUCCCUAAUAGCUACUCUCCAUACCACCACAUGAAGCCAGCUGGAAAUGGCCAGCCUUAUGGCCAUCCUGCUGGAUCUUCAGCGUAUCCAAUAGGGAUGGCUCCUGGGGCGUUUCAUCAAACUACCCAUGUCUGCUCAGGAGGACAUAGUCAUACACAUGCACCUACACCUUCACCGUCAGAACUAACACAUGUUCAGACGCAAUGAUAUGAACAUUAUCAUGACUUCCCUGGUUGAGUCAUCUA